AUGGUGACACCCUUGACCGAGCUGUUGAAGAAGGGCGUGAAUUGGGCGUGGACUGAUAAGUGUGAUGAAGCAUUCAGGUGUUUGAAAGAAGCCAUGAUAAAGGAUCCUAUUCUUGCCUUGCCAGAUGUUAGCAAGCCCUUCCAAGUGCAGACGGAUGCAUUAGAUUAUGCUGUGGGAGGGGGUGCUGGACGCUUAAACCAGGCAGUCGAUGCCUUGAGUUGCAAACCAGAAUUGGCGACUCUAAAAAUCUUGGCUAGUUUGUCGAUUAGCGUGGUGAAUACUCCAAUCAAGGACCCAGUUUUCAGAACCAUGUUGAAGCUCGUGAAAGAAGGCGUGACUCACCAGUUUUGGGUGGAGAAUGAUCUUCUAUCUGCCAAAGGGACCGCUUGUAUGUUUCGAAAGCCGGAGAUUUUCAUAAGACAUUCCUGA